AUGCAAGGCUUGGUAGACUACGAUUCCUCUAGUUCGGACGAGAGUCAAGGGUCAGUAAAAAAUGCGUGUGCAAGUAAAACAGAGAGUAAGACCGGUAAUUCCAGGAAUUCGGGUAUAGUCAGCGUGGAUAACAUCUAUAUGACUAUUGAUAGUGGAAAAAGAAAGUCGGAAACAGAGGAUGAGGAUUCAAGAACGAGUAAAAGACGAGAGCCAAAGAAAUUACCACCUUUGCCGCCAGAAUUCUUGAGUCUUUAUCAAGAUAAAAAGUAUGUGGAUAACCCAGAAAUACAUCAAGGUCGAAUUAGAGCUACACCGCAUGUGGAAGGGAACUGGGCCACUCAUGUGUAUAUGGAAGUCAUGUUACCUGAUGAAUUUAAAGAUUUAAUUCAUGAAAUUAAGACUUGUGCUCAAAACAUUGUCAAUGAUGGAGGUGUUAAUAUCUAUUCAUGUAUUGAUGGAGAUUCAAAAUUGCAUAUCAGUUUAUCAAGACCUUUAUUCUUAAAGUAUUUUCAAAUCGACCAAUUUUGGGAUAAAUUACAAAAAGGCUUCGCAAAUGAGAAAAGGUUUACGUUGUCAUUCACUGAACUUGAGUAUUUUGUGAAUGACGAGGAAACAAGGUCGUUCCUUUCAUUCAAAGUUGGUAGAGGAGUUAAUGAGUUAAAGGAAUUACUAAAACAUGUCAAUAAGGUGGCAAGGGAUUUUCGACAAAAAGAAUUUUAUACGAACCCAUACUUUCAUGCGAGCAUUCUGUGGUCGGUAGGCGGAUCGACGAUUGACGGUUCAUUACGAGACGCAAUCAAGGAGACAGGAUAUGAGUCAAUUAUAAGAGAAUUCAUAUUUAUCAUAGAUAGAAUGAACUCAAAUAACGCAUUGAAACGUAAUCAAAUAUAA